AUGUCGCUCACUACCGCACUCACCAAGCUGCCCCUCCCCUCCUACACCCACCCGAUCGACUCGGCACCAUCGGUGACCAAGCUCAACCCCUACCUUCCCCUCCCUGGGCCAUCUCAGCUGUUCACCAACUCGACCUUCCUGCCGUCCCUCCCCACCCCGCCCGCCGGCUCCAUCAUCCACGUCCUUGGCGCGGAGUCGCUUGCCAACCCCCGCGUCGAGAAGUUCGCCGCUAUCAUCUCGCGAUCGGCGCAGGAGGCGUAUGACCAUGCUCUCCUCGCGCUCAAGCUGGCCAAAGACGAGAAGGUCGUGGUCUACCACUAUGUGGCGGAUGUUUCGGGAUCGGUCGUCGAGGCGGACAUCUCGGAGUGGCUGUCUACAUCUGCUCCCGACCUCAACGGAUUGGCAGAGGCCACACCCGAGGACCACAUUGCCAAGUCGUACGAGUCGAUCAGCUUGUCCCUCCUCAAGGUGACCCGGCGGGUCCAGAAGCCCUUCUCCCACCAGGCAUCGGAAUCUUCCACCGUCGUCGUCAACUUCCUCCCCUACUCCAUCGACGCCGAGAACGUCAUCAACAUAUCCCUCGCAUCCCCUCUUCCCGAGGACAAGCUGCGAUAUGUCUCGCAAAAGGCGGAAGAGGUCGUAGUGGUCGAGGGCGGAAGUGGCAAAUUCGGCCAGGCCUGGUCUGGCGUCGUCGAUGCGCUGGACGGACUGGCGUGCAACGUCCGAUCGGUCCUGGUCGGCUCGGGCGGCGACGUCUCUGGUGCUAUCAAAUCAAUGCAGCAGGUCGCUCGUAUCGGUUCCCCCGUUACCGCCCCCUCCAUCCCAUCUUCCUCAAUCUCCAUCCCCACCCCCGAAAAGUCUUACACCACCCUUCUCUCCGACACACCCUCCCCGCUCGAGAUCCUCAACGAUCCCAAGCAGCUGUCGGAGAGCGAGUCGACCUCCCCGCUGUACGCCUUCGGUAAGGCCGUCGCUCUUCGCCGGGAUCGGGCUCGGCUGGUCGAGCUGGCAAUGGCGCUUGUCAAGGGCCAGACCAAGCCAGAGGUACACGAGGCGGUCUCUGCUUGGCUGAUUGCUCGUGACGGCGCCGGAGCUGUCGCUGCAGGAAAGAAGGUUGAGAGUGUGCUCGGCGGAUCUGCCGAAGAGAAGGAGAUCAAGGCGCUUGGCCAGGCGGGACACUGGGAGAAGCGCGCACUCUGGAUCGUCAUUUCCAACUCGUGGGCGCACGACCUCGCAUCAUCCGGUCUCCACCACGCUCUCGCUUCCGGUCUCGACAUCAACCUCCUCGUUUACGAGACCGCCCCCUCCCCCUUUUCCCCCAACGCCAAGCCCCAAGCCGGUAAGGACCGAAAGAAGGAUCUCGCUCUGUACGCCCUCAAUAUGGGAGACGUCUACGUGUCGUCCGUCGCGGUCUACGCCGACUAUGCUGGUGUCAUCAACGCCAUGCGCGAGGCCGAGGCAUAUGACGGACCUGGUCUUGUGCUCGCCUACCUCCCAUGGGGUGAGCGCGAGGACGGCGAGGUCUUGUCUAGCGAUGUCGACUCGGUCGAGCGCGUCGGCCCUCUCGAGAGGCUCAGGGAGACCAAGCGGGCGGUAUCGGGCGGUUGGUGGCCCAUGUUCCGCUGGAACCCGUCCUUGGAGGAGAGUAAGAAGUUCACACUCGACAGCCCUCACAUCAAAACUGCUCUCUCCGAGUUCCUCGACCGCCAAUCCCACCUCUCCCAGCUCACCCUCGCUACCCCCAAGAUUGAGGCGGUCGGUACAUCGGUCGGCGAGGACGUCGUUGCUGCGCGCAAGGAGAAGGCACGCAAGGCGUACGACGCGCUCGUCAACUCGCUGGACGGCCCAGGCCUCCUCGUCCUCGUCGCCUCGGACGGCGGAAACGCCGAGAAGGUCGCCAAGCGUCUUGUCGGUCGGGCAAAGAUGCGUGGUGUUGCCGCCUCCAUCCGUAUCCUCGAUGAGAUCGCACAAUCUAUCGUCGACACCCUCGCCGCCGAGAAGAACGUCCUCAUCAUCACCUCUACAGCCGGUCAGGGUGAGGCGCCCCAGAACGGCCGAGAGUUCCUCAAAGCUCUCGGCAAGGUGGACGCCAACGCGGCCAAGGAGAAACUCGCCGAAACCAAGGUCACCGUCUUUGGUAUGGGUGACUCCAACUACUGGCCCCGCAAGGAGGACUACAUCUACUACAACAAGGCGGCCAAGGACAUUUUCCCCAAAGUGAUGAACCUUGGCACCGCAGAACUUCACCCCCUCGGUCUCGGAGAUGACUCGGACCCGGACGGAUACCUUACCGGUUACAAGCCCUUCGAGGCGGGUCUCUGGCGCGCACUCGGCGUGGACAGCGUCGAGGUGACCGAGGUGGCGGAGGAGACGGUCGCGAAUGAGCACAUCAAGAUCGCGUCAGACUACCUGCGCGGUACCAUCCUGGAAGGUCUCGAGGACAAGUCGACUGGCGCAAUCGGAGCUUCCGACGCCCAGUUGACCAAGUUCCACGGGACCUACAUGCAGGACGACCGGGACAUCCGGGACUCGCUCAAGGCCCAGGGUCUCGAGCCCGCCUACUCAUUCAUGAUCCGGUGCCGGAUGCCCGGUGGUGUCUGCACCCCUACCCAGUGGGGUCAGAUGAACCGUAUCGCCGACGAGCACGGCAACUCCACCUUCAAACUCACCACCCGUCAGACCUUCCAGUUCCACGGUAUCGUCAAAAAGCACCUCAAACCUGCUAUGCAGGCCAUCAACCGGAGUCUGCUCGACACCAUCGCUGCCUGCGGUGAUGUCAACCGGAACAUCCAGUGCUCGGUCAACCCCCACCUCUCCCUCAUCCACCAGACGGUCUACGACUUCUGUAUCGCCGUCUCGGACCACCUCUUGCCCAGUACCUCGGCGUAUCACGAGAUCUGGCUGGACAAAAAGAAGGUCGGAGGCGAUGCCGUGCAGGAGUUUGAGCCCCUCUACGGCCCGACCUACCUUCCCCGAAAGUUCAAGAUCGCCGUUGCUGUCCCCCCAGACAAUGCGGUCGACAUUUUCACCAACGAUCUUGGAUUCAUCGCCAUCGUCGAGAAUGACAAGGUCGUUGGGUACAACGUCACGGUCGGUGGUGGUAUGGGUGUCACCCAUUCCAACAAGAAGACGUACCCCCGUCUCGGUGACAUUAUCGGUUUCGUGACGGCAGAGGAUGGAUGCUUAGUGGCGGAGAAGAUCAUGUUGACACAGAGGGAUAAUGGGAACCGUGCCGACCGCAAGAACGCACGUCUGAAGUACACUGUCGACCGCAUGGGCCUCAAGAACUUCGUCGCGGACGUUGAGCGCCGGAUGGGCAAGCCUCUCGAGCCAGCCCGCCCCUUCACGUUCGACUCCAAUCUCGACGAGUUCGGAUGGAUCCAGGGCCACGAUGGCAAGUGGCACUUCACCAUGUUCAUCGAGAACGGCCGUGUCGAGGACAAUGCGCGGCAUCAGUUCAAGUCGGGUCUCGCCGAGAUUGCCAAGGUCCACCAGGGCGACUUCCGCCUGACGGCCAACCAGCACUUGAUCUUGGCGGAUGUACCACAAGAUCAGUUGGAGGAGAUGAAGCGGUUGUUGAAGAAGUGGGGGCUGGAUCAGGUGGAUCACUCGGGAUUGAGGUUGAGCAGUAGCUCGUGUGUCGCUCUGCCGACUUGUGGUCUGGCCAUGGCCGAGGCUGAGCGAUACCUUCCUCUCCUCGUCGACAAGGUCGAGAAGAUCAUGGAGGACAAUGGGCUCCGCAAGGACUCGCUCAUCAUGCGGAUGACCGGAUGCCCUAACGGGUGUGCCAGACCGUGGAACGCCGAGAUUGCUCUUGUCGGUAAAGCACCAGGAAGCUACCUUAUGAUGCUUGGUGGCUCCCACAAGGGUGACCGACUAUCCAAGCCCUUCAAAUCAUCCGUGACCGAGCCUGAAAUCCUCGAUAUUCUUGGCGGCCUCAUCAAGCGAUACUCGGUCGAGAGGGAGGACGGAGAGCACUUUGGUGACUGGACGAUCAGGAGUAAGAUCAUCAAGGAGACGACGCACGGGACCAACUUCUGGGAGGGGGCGCCCAUAUAG